AUGCGGAAGAUGGUUCCAGUUGUGUGCUUUGCGAUGAUGUUGCUCCAAGUGGUCCACUCGGCUCAGGGCCGGUACGCUCAGCAGCUGCUCACCGACCUGAUGGAGAACUACUCAAACGCCCUGCGGCCGGUGGAGGACACAGACAAAGCCCUGAACGUCACCCUGCAGAUUACUCUCUCCCAGAUCAAAGACAUGGACGAGAGGAACCAGGUAUUGAUAGCGUACCUGUGGAUCCGUCAGACGUGGCACGAUGCCUACCUGAGGUGGGACAAGGAGGACUAUGAUGGCCUGGAGGUCAUACGGAUCCCCAGCAGUCUGGUGUGGAGGCCUGACCUCGUCCUCUAUAACAAGGCGGAUGAUGACUUCUCAGGGCCGAUGGACACUAACGUGGUGCUGCGCUAUAAUGGGGAGAUAACAUGGGACGCUCCGGCCAUCACCAAGAGCUCCUGUGUGGUGGACGUGUCCUACUUCCCCUUCGACAGCCAGGAGUGCAACCUCACCUUCGGCUCCUGGACAUACAACGGCAACCAGGUUGACAUAGCCAUGGGUAUGGACAGUGGGGACCUGUCUGAUUUCGUGGAGAACGUUGAAUGGGAAUGCCACGGCAUGCCGGCCACCAAGAACGUCAUUAUGUACGGCUGCUGCUCCGACCCCUACCCUGACAUCACGUACACCGUCCUGCUCCAACGCCGCUCCUCCUUCUACAUCUUUAACCUUCUCCUGCCCUGCUUCCUCAUCUCCUUCCUGGCUCCGCUGGGCUUCUACCUGCCGGCUGACUCUGGGGAGAAGGUGUCCCUGGGGGUCACUGUGUUGCUGGCCCUGACUGUCUUCCAGCUCAUGGUGGCCGAGAGUAUGCCACCGUCUGAGAGUGUGCCGCUUAUUGGAAAGUACUACAUCGCUACCAUGACGAUGAUCACAGCCUCCACGGCUCUCACCAUCUUCAUCAUGAACAUCCAUUUCUGUGGUGCUGAGGCCAAACCCGUCCCCCACUGGGCCAAAGUCCUCAUUAUCGACUAUAUGUCCAAGAUCUUCUUCGUCUACGAGGUGGGAGAAAACUGUGCUACUGCCACCUCUUCCUCCUCCUCUUCCUCAUCACAUUUUGGCCAGGACGAUAUCCACCAACCCAACUUCAGCCCCCACCACCAGGCCAAUGGGAAACCGGGGGGCAACAGCGGGAGAGAGAACCAGUACCGCCACAAACACCCCAGACCCCAGACUCCUGGACCCCAACGUCACCCCAAGCCCCGACACCAACACCACAUCACCAGAGAUGAGAAGAACCAUCUCUCCAGCUCCAAAUAUGAGGGCUUCGAGUCCAACAGGAACCUCCCUCUGGGGGACUGCUGUAAGGAGGCGCCUCCCUGCUGUCCGGAGGAUGAAAAGACAGCCGCGGUCGCUGCUGCAGUGGCCUCAGUAACCUUUGGCCCCUGUGUGUUCUGUAGUCACGGCAGCAGCUUACCCGGGGUGGACUCCAAGCUGGUGCGGAACGUGGAGUACAUCGCCAACUGCUUCAGGGAGCAGAGGGCCACCUGCGCCAAGGGGGCGGAGUGGAAGAGGGUUGCCAAGGUGAUGGACAGGUUCUUCAUGUGGAUCUUCUUCAUUAUGGUCUUCCUCAUGAGCAUUCUGAUCAUCGGCAAGGCACCAUGA